AUGGCAUACGAUUGUGCUUUUUUAUAUUUUUCACAAAACCUUGAAGACAUAAAGUGUGUUCUACAAGGAUAUUUAAUUUUAAGCUACUUAUCGGUUAAAAAACAGGCUAAUCUACUAUCUUUUUUGUAUCGUCUUGAGAACCAUAGGCGUAUUAAAUAUUUUUCACCUGAUGUUAAUACUGAUCUACUUAAAUACCUUGGGUCUAAUCCAGUCACGAAAUACAUCUUUACCGUUUUUGAUAUGCAGCAUUACUUCAGUAGAGCAAUGCAACAUCCAAUCUGUGGUGAUAGGGCUUGCUAUAGGAAUCAGAUGAUGAACACUUUCAGCAAGAAUGCAUUUCAAACGUGUGACGAUUACAAACCCGUAUUUCUACAGAAAAAGGGUUAUAAAAAUGACUCACAUAUUGCUUUGCUAAACAGAGGGAAAUAG